AGAGGAAGAGAAGAAAAAAAAAACAGCACUUCAUCCCGUCGACAAGAUGUACAGUAAAUCUUCACUUUAUAAGCAUUUAAACAUUGAGUUGUAUCAAUCUUGAGGCUGCAGCUCUCGUCUCGGUCUCAGACAUAAGAACAUAGCUAAAGAUGAAGUUCCUUGGAUGGAUGCACCGUAAGCUGAUGCACACUGGUGCUGACGAGCCAACGAGAAAGAGCAAAUUAGGUAAGAAUUCCCCAAGGAGCGGAGCAGAGCGAUCCCCUUGUUUAUCACAGAAGACUCUGUUCGAUCAACAGCAUUACUACUGCAUAGUGCCGAACAAGUCCUCCCACUCAAACAUCCAACUCCCAAAAUCGCAAGAAUCAUUUGAGCCUCUGCCUUUUGACUUCCUUGCAAUCGGCACCUUCGGUGCAGAGCUAGCCAACACAGAGGACCCCCCCACACCAAAACUUCCAACCACCUGGGAAAAACUAUCGACUAACAAGGCAACUGAUAAUCAUCCUGAGGUAAUGAGCUACAAGCUUGACAAGUUUCUUGAAGCUGAAGACGAGCAAGAAAUUGCCAGGAGCAGUCAAGCAAGCAUUAUAACCCUCAGUGGUAAGCCUACUGAAGAAGCAGCCGAUACUGUAGUUAAGCCAUCUUCUGCUCUCCAGAACUCUGUCUUUCUCAAGCCCGGGGAAUAUAAACAAGCGGCGGCGGAAGAAAGGAUAUCCCUGGAGGAUCUCUUCAAGAGGAAAUUAGAGGUGGCUAAAGAUGAUUAUUGUGCAGGAAAUUAUAAUGAAGUGGCAGAACAAGUACCGAGAAAGACACGGCCAAAUAAUCUCAUGAAAAAGGCGGUGAAUAAGUUCCAUUGUUCAUCAGCAACUACUGCUGCAUCAAAGAGUCGUGCUGCUGCAUUUUCAAUUAAGAAAAAACUCUUCAAGGCUUUGAAGAUGUUUCGUAAACAGGUUCACCCAGAAGAGAUGCCUGAGGAUAACAAUAAUAGGAACAUGAACAUAGGUGGCAAUGACGUGGCGAGCAAAGAGAAAGACAAAACCACAAAACAAUGUUCAAACAAUAGCUGCAAAAGUUGGGUGACAAACACUGGAGCUCGAGGGCACUGGGUUAAAACUGAUUCUGAUUGUAAGUUGAGAUGUUUGUUUUAUGAUAUGGAUCAUACAUAUUAUCAUCACGAAUGCAUGCAUACAGUUGGGAAUCCUAUACGUACUAACUAACUAACUAACUUUUUAUCCCUGUUUCCCCCCUCCCCUCUGAUGGGCAUUACAGACCUGGUCUUGGAGCUCUAGGGACAGAAACUCCUAUAAAGACAAGAGCAGCCUCAUUCUGUUCAGUUCUGCUCUGCUCAAGUUCAAGAUGGAGUUGGCCUAUCUGUAUUAUGUAUGUAUGCAUGUAUCUCUCUGUAUGAGUGUUUGUUUUAUGAUAUAUUUAUAAACAGUGACUCGUGUGGCUUACAAUAAUAAAUACUACAGUACAGAACUACUUAAGAACAUACCUUCCUGCUGGUUAAGAAUAGAGGAUAGUUAGGU